GUUUCCCUUCCCUCCCCUUACCCCCUCCCGUCCCCAAACCCCAACGGGAAGGCUGGGCCUAGGGCGCCAGAGGUUGCAGUGAAAGGAGAAAAGGAGAAAAGGGAGAAAGGGAAGAAGCGGGAAGAAAAAGCGUGAGUCGAGAAGGGUGAGCGGUAGAGGCCAAGGUGCGAAGCGCGCAGCCCAGCGGCCGGGCUGACGGACGUGCCCGUGCUACGGCUGCCGCGGCUGCGGCGCCCGCGCGAGUCGCGUCGAAGCGGCGGCGGCAGCAGCAGUAGCAGCGGAAACAGGAGGGGAGCAAUGGCGGCCGACAGCCGGGAGGAGAAAGAUGGAGAACUUAAUGUUCUAGAUGAUAUUUUGACUGAAGUACCAGAACAGGAUGAUGAACUGUAUAAUCCAGAGAGUGAACAAGAUAAAAACGAGAAAAAGGGAUCAAAAAGAAAAAGUGACCGAAUGGAAUCUACUGACAUUAAGCGCCAGAAGCCUUCUGUUCAUUCAAGACAGUUGAUUUCUAAGCCACUGAGUUCAUCUGUUAGCAAUAACAAAAGAAUAGUUAGUACUAAAGGAAAGUCAGUUGCAGAGUAUAAAAAUGAGGAAUAUCAAAGAUCUGAAAGAACCAAGCGUCUGGAAGCUGAUCGGAAGAUUCGUUUGUCAAGCAGUGCUUCUAGAGAACCUUAUAAGAGUCAACCUGAAAAAACUUGUCUCCGGAAAAGGGAUCCUGAAAGGAGGACCAAAUCCCCUACACCAGAUGGUUCUGAGAGAAUUGGGCUUGAAGUGGAUAGACGUGCAAGCAGAUCCAGCCAAUCUUCUAAGGAAGAAGUGAACUCUGAAGAAUAUGGCUCUGACCAUGAGACUGGCAGCAGUGGUUCUUCCGAUGAGCAAGGCAACAAUACUGAGAAUGAGGAGGAAGGGGUGGAGGAUGUGGAGGAAGAUGAAGAGGUAGAAGAAGAUGCAGAGGAAGAUGAAGAAGUGGAUGAAGAUGGAGAAGAGGAGGAGGAGGAAGAGGAGGAGGAGGAGGAGGAGGAGGAGGAAGAAGAGGAGGAGGAAGAAGAAGAAUAUGAACAGGAUGAGAGAGACCAGAAGGAAGAGGGAAAUGAUUAUGAUACUCGAAGUGAAGCUAGCGACUCUGAUUCUGAAUCCGUUUCUUUCACAGAUGGAUCUGUCAGAUCUGGUUCAGGCACAGAUGGAUCAGAUGAGAAAAAGAAGGAAAGGAAGAGAGCUAGAGGAAUCUCUCCAAUUGUUUUUGAUAGAAGUGGAAGCUCUGCAUCAGAGUCCUAUGCAGGUUCAGAAAAGAAGCAUGAGAAAUUAUCAUCUUCCGUUCGUGCUGUCCGAAAAGAUCAAACCAGUAAACUCAAAUAUGUCCUACAGGAUGCAAGAUUUUUUCUCAUAAAGAGUAACAACCAUGAGAAUGUGUCUCUUGCCAAAGCUAAGGGUGUUUGGUCCACGCUGCCUGUAAAUGAGAAGAAAUUAAAUGCUGCAUUCAGAUCUGCAAGGAGUGUUAUAUUAAUAUUUUCUGUCAGAGAGAGUGGAAAAUUUCAAGGAUUUGCAAGACUUUCUUCAGAAUCACAUCAUGGAGGAUCUCCUAUACAUUGGGUGCUGCCAGCAGGAAUGAAUGCUAAAAUGUUGGGAGGAGUUUUUAAAAUUGACUGGAUUUGCAGGCGUGAAUUACCCUUCACUAAGUCAGCUCAUCUCACCAAUCCUUGGAAUGAACAUAAACCAGUAAAGAUUGGACGUGAUGGACAGGAAAUUGAACUUGAAUGUGGAACCCAGCUUUGUCUUCUAUUUCCCCCCGAUGAAAGUAUUGACUUGUAUCAGGUCAUUCAUAAAAUGCGUCACAAGAGAAGAAUGCAUUCUCAGCCCCGAUCAAGAGGACGUCCAUCCCGUCGAGAACCAGUCCGGGAUGUGGGAAGGCGUCGACCAGAAGAUUAUGAUAUUCAUAACAGCAGAAAGAAACCAAGGAUUGACUAUGCCCCUGAGUUUCACCAGAGACCAGGGUAUUUAAAGGAUCCACGAUACCAGGAAGUAGACAGUUUCACAAAUCUUAUUCCCAACAGACGAUUUUCAGGAGUUCGCCGAGAUGUGUUUUUAAAUGGGUCCUACAAUGAUUAUGUGAGGGAAUUUCAUAACAUGGGACCACCACCACCUUGGCAAGGAAUGGCUCCUUAUCCUGGAAUGGAACAACCUCCACACCAUCCUUACUAUCAGCACCAUGCUCCACCUCCUCAAGCUCAUCCCCCUUACUCAGGACAUCACCCAGUACCACAUGAAGCAAGAUACAGAGAUAAGCGAGUAGUAAGUGCACGAGAAGGCUCAAGUCAUGAUUAUGACAUGAGGGUGGAUGAUUUCCUUCGUCGCACACAAGCUGUUGUCAGUGGUCGGAGAAGUAGACCCCGGGAAAGAGAUCGGGAGCGAGAGCGAGACCGCCCUAGAGAUAACAGAAGAGACAGAGAACGAGAUAGAGGACGUGAUAGAGAAAGAGAAAGAGAGCGAUUAUGUGACCGGGACAGAGACCGAGGGGAGAGAGGUCGAUAUAGAAGAUAAUGCGCUUUUGGAAGCACUGAUUGUUUAAAGAUAAAAAAAUCUUGUAUUUUUUUUUUUUGUGUGUGUUUACAAGUAGUAAAUUUAUUUUCAGCGGUCUACUUAAAGUUCAUUGUGUAGAAGGGUUUAUUAUAUCCCUCUUUGUUCCAAGCAUGCAGUAUAAUAAGAACUGGAAAAACUCAAAUCCUCCAAAAAUGCACAGUUGACAGUUUGAGCUGACACUUCUAUUGGAGCAGAAUGGAACAGUCCAAGAAUGUAGAUAUUGAUUCAUUCUCCAUAAAUGUUCAUCUACUUAAAGUGUGUUCAUCCUAGAGUUAUUUUUUGUUUGUUUUCUUUUUUUUGGAUCUUGAUUGAUGACUGCCAUGAUAUUUUGCUUUGAUGUGUUUCUAAAAGUAGUUGCACACGGUUCAGUAAAAAUAAUGCUGCUAUCGAGUAUGCAAAUAUUGAAGUAUGAUGGUUUGACAGUAUGGCAGUGUUGUAGCAGCCUCUUUGUUUCUCCCUUUCCCUCUUUUUUUAAUCUUAAAAAGUCACUUUUUAUUUUUCUUCAGUCUUCAAUAAUGAGAGCAAUAUUAAGAAGACAUUGCUAUCUAAUUUUUAAUCUUUUUAAAUAAAAAAUUCCUAUGUUCAGUAGCAUGGUUGAUGCUGUCGUUUAGCCUUCCCCUCCAAACUGUAUACAUUGGCUUGGAAUGUUCACAACUUGCGUGUGUGGCAGCGGAAGAUAAUUCCCAUAUUCUACAUUGCUACUGUUUUGUAUAAAAUAAAUUGGUAAAGAUUGACACUUA